AAAUGGUAGAAUAAGCUUUCUUCAUACUCAUAUCCUCUAUUUUUUUUUUCACUGAAGGAAAAUGUUGAAGUUCGAUGGGGCCUCCGUGCUGCCUGAUACAAUCAAUAUCAUGCAUGUCAACAACUUCAGGCGUUACGUUUCAACGUAACAGAUUAAUUCGUGUCCUGAAUUUCUCGAUUCCAAAUUUCUUAGUGGUAAAUCGAGCAUGGAGCUUGCUGAAAAAAAAUACGUGUGGGACGACUUCUACGAUGGCCUCACCAUCCUCGGGGUUACUGAGCAACGGGACGAAGAGGUCAAGAGCAGGAAACGGAAGAAACAAGUCGUUCCACGGUCGCAAGUCUACUGUCCUCACGCUUACCUAUUCUUGAAUUUUUUGGAUAUCUUGAAUCCUGGGGAAAAAAUAAAAUAUCGAAAAUGUUAUCUCCGGAGAGUAUUCCCCCCCGACCCAGACGUAAUAAUCCUCCAGGACGUAAAAAACCUCUCCCUCUUCCUACUAACGACUCCAGUGAGUCUCCAAUUCGUAAACUUCUUCCACCUCGAGGUGGUGGACCGUUUCCUCCGAGCGCUGAUCCUAUAUUUCCAAUUUUACACCGAGAUUUGGGAUGAGGAGAUCAUUAAGAAGCGCGCGGCAACGAUGAAGAAGGCCCCGAAUCCCAUGGCCGGGGGGAGCAGGAUAAGACGCGCUGAGGAAAUGAGGAUUCUCCGGUGUCUACUCGCUCGGGAGUACUGUGAAUUAGUUGUGGGGUGCGACACCAGUGCGAGGUUUCAUCACAUGCUCGCGGGCACUGCCAUCCCCGGGAUGCAGUCCCAGGGGGAGAAGGACUUGAGGAUCUUCGAGGUCCUUAUUGGGAUCGCUCACAGGGUCGUUUGGAUCGCGCUGAAACGCAAGCAUUUCACGUUGAUUGAAGUGGAACUCCACCGAUUAUUCAGAACCGACGCCUACAACACCGCGGACCGAAGAACCGGGGGGAUUAUCUACAAAGGAAUGCUGGAGGACGAAUUCAGGAUCCUCCACGGCCCCAGAAUGCCGCUGAAACGAAAAUUACUGGUGAACUCCGCUCUCCCUCGGCAGUUGAUCAGCGAAUUAUGUGACUUCCGAAUUGUAUCAUUGGGGCUGAUUGCUUUCGAGUCGAGAGACCCCAGAAUCAAUUACUUGAAAAAUGCACUAGUAGCAGAUGAGGAAAAUUUCCUGGACCUGGGGAUCAAGAUGGGGAUCCUCGGGCAUUCGAGGGAAGAUUACGACAUCAUGCUGACGUCCCUGGAGGACGAGAAGGUUGUGGAGGAAGAGGAGGACGAUAAGUGGGAGAGAAAGAGGAGUUCUAUGUCUGACAGAGCGCGGAGAAGCAGAAUUCUAGAGAAGAAGGGCUUGAGCAUGCCGGCCUUCGGGCCAGAUCCAGAAAUUCCGGAGGAUUACCCUCCCUCAAAGAUCAGUGGAACAUCUACCAAAAAACACGAAAUACGUAACAACGCCAGGAAAAUGUGGAUCUCCAGAGAACUCGAGAGACAGAAUCACACACACUCAGACGCAGUCUCCCUCGCCACCACCAUUGAAAAUUAAUCGUCCCCUCGAUCAAUUCAUCAAAUUAUUAUUUCUCGUUUUCUCUCGUUUUCGUAAAAAACGCCAACAACUGGGAAAUGUUUUUAAGGAGAUGAUUGUUACGAAUCGUCAACUUGGACCAGAACAUGUGGUAUUUUUUCAGGGAUAGGAUCAAUGUAAGAGAGCACUACUAGGCAAUGUAAAAAAAUAUGCUCAUUAUAAUUAUCACACUAAUUAAUAAGAAAAUUAUGACGAUGAGAUGGAAAUUAUCUGAGUUCUACUGCAGCAUUCCUUUAAAAAUCAGUGAAACAUUCUACCAAAAAGCAGGACAUA